UCAUGCUUUUAUUUUGAUGCUCUUCCGGCGGAAGCGUAUGGCGGAAAAGAGGAUGUCUUGACAUUGGAAAAAAAAAGCGUCUAAAAAGAAGAAAAAGGAGUUUAAGUCGUUAAUUCAUACGGUGAAUAAAUCAUACGGAAAGGAUAGCAACGGAUUUAUGUUACUUCUAAGCUCCUAGCUGGACGUGGGGACAAGAUCCUGGCAGACGCUGGUCUUAGUGGAGUAGUAUCCCUGUGAAGGCAGGUAUUCUGGAUGAGAGGACAGGCCAAAACACGUCAGGUGGGCGGAACAAAAAUGCUACCUGAGCAACAGAAGGCGCGGUGAUUGGCGGAGAGCGCCGUCAGUCAUCCGGAAGCUAAGGGCGCACCCAGCGAGCGCAUCAGUCUCAGGACGAUCUCGGGUUUCGAUGCAAAUGUUUACCGGACGGCUCCGGGUCCCUUCCUUCAUUUUAGACUUUAAAAAACGACCAAACACAGAAGAGUUAGUUUGAGAAAAUAGGUUUUCGCCAUGGAGAGGAGGAUUUCUACGUUAAUUCUGCUCUGCCUGGCUUUGUCAGGUGUUGGCGCCCUCAAUGUUGUCAUCACUCAAGAACUGUACGAGUUCGCCCGGGGUGACAACAUCACACUGCCCUGCAAAUUCACACCCAAACCAGGCUCAACACCACCCCAAGUCACCAUCACAUGGUCUGUUGAGGGUAUAGCAGCUAAUGCUGAAGAGCUCCAGAUCAUGGCCUACUAUCACCCCAUUAAACAUGUGGACAUUAAAAAACGAUACGAAGGCCGAGUGUCCAUGGAUGUAGACAUCAAUACUGGAAAGGCUAACCUGAAGCUGAAUGACAUCACACUGGCGGACAACAAGAAUUUUGAGUGUCGAGUCCAGAUCCCAGGUGACGAUGAGGGCAAGCCAGCCGCCAACACGCGUUUGGUGGUUCUAGUGGCUCCAUCUACGCCCAUCUGUAAGAUCGAGGGAAAGGCAGAGUAUGGCCAGAACAUCAACCUGACCUGCAAGUCUGAGGAGGGCUCUCCAGCGCCCACGUACAAGUGGGACAGUCGUGAUGUACGGAAAAUGCCUCAGGUUCGAGACCCCAGAACCACUGAGAAGGGAGGCGUCCUGUCUCUAUUUAAUAUCUCCAUAGACACAUCAGGAUACUACACCUGCACCUCAACCAACAAGAUCAGGUCUGCUUCCUGCAACAUCACCCUAACAGUCAUGCCACCGUCCAUGAACAUCGGUUCCACUGCAGGAAUCAUUGCAGGAGUCGUCGCCGCCUUGAUCGCCCUCGUUGUCAUCAUCUACUGCUGCUGCUGCAGAAAGAAGAAAAAGGAUGAGGAAUAUGCGAUGGGAGUUCGUGAGGAAGAGUACCAUGACAAGGAGCCGGACAGAAAUGGCGAGAGGCCCCCAGCUGACAGGCAGGACAGCAAUCGUAGUUAUGAGGGUUCUGGUGAUCGACGUGACCAGUAUGAAGACAGAAGUGAGCGCAACUAUGACCGUGACUACGAUGAUCGCCGCAGCGACUACGAUGACCGGCGCAGUGACUAUGACGAUCGGCGCAGUGACUACACCGACCGACGCAGCGACUACGACCGCCGUGAAAGGCACAGUGACCGCAAUGAGCGCUAUGACGACGACCGCCACUAUGAUGACGAGCGACGCUACGACCGCAGAGACCCUCGCUACGACGAUGACAACCGCGAUGAUGAGCCCUACGACCGUGACAGACCACCAGUGCCCUCCAACCCCAAGCCAACAAGGAGAGACUACGAUGACUAAGACCUCAAACCUGCAUCAAACCACCAUCCUCUGUCGUAUCUCUGUUAGCCUUCACCCCAAUGACGAGCUAACUCACAUUCAAGGUAUUUCCCGUGGACACAGUUAUAAUUGGCUAAAAAGCACUGCUGUCAUUUAAAGUUAAAAGGAAGCAUAAUCAGACAUUUUCUUUGACUUGUUUUUUAGGCCCCUUUCAGACAUGCACUCCUUUCCACCAACCUGAUGGCAUCUCAAUGCACUGGUUUUAUGUCUGAAUUAGCACCCUCGUUGCUUUUCUCUAAAAGUACAGUCCAAAAUGGUGACAUUUCUGCAUCACUUAGACUCAGCACAAGUCUGAACUGCAUACUACAGGAUCAACAGACAGGCAUACACGAGCAGUGUGCUUCUAGUUAGUUGUUUGUAGGAGUCUUUCCUCUGACUUUAUCAAAUAUCUAGAGCUAUAAAUAGUAUCAGGAUCCAUAAAGCAAGAAGGUUGUAUGCAUUUAUGCGUUGAACAACAUAAGUAAUUUCAAUAAUUAGUUAUAAACUUUCCCCAAAAUGGAGACGUGAUUGUUCAGAAUCUAAUUGCGAGCCACAUUGUGACAAGUAAGCAGAAGCUGCAGUUGAAUCAGUUGUUACAUUAGCGGAUUUAGAUUUAGUCCUUUUGUGUAUUCACACAUAACGUCAAUGUGGACGUACUUUGACUUUAACAGAUCAGUGAGGACGGCAGUGUUGUGUGUCAUAUUUCUGAAAAGGGCUUCACAUUAACAUGCUGUACGUGUGACUGAGAGGAGGCAGAAAGAGUUCAUAUCAGUUUGGGAAAAGCAGGGAAACCCAUUACGGUGCCCACAAAUCCCAUCUGAUGUGUUUUUAGCAGGCAGUGGGUGAGUGGGGUCAGCAGGUACAAUCACUGUUUGGAGUAUUAACACUCCCCAGAGCAAGAUUCAUGUCUUUUUGUAUGCAAAACCUACAUUAUACAUCUAUAAUAGGCACUGGAUAGAGAUUUCAGAUUCCCCCCAAAAUAUAGUUUUCUUUAGUAGAAUACAAGUUCAGAUUUCAAUGUAUUUGUCUCAUACAUGGCUAAUUAUAUUUGCUCAUAAUGGCACAGUAUAUAUGGUAUUUGAUGCAAAUAACAUACAGAUGACACCGUAAACAUGGACUUUAGGUGUCCAUUGUUUUAUUUUUUCCAAGGUCAAUGCUGAUACAGAUUAUUAGUUAUCAAGGAGAGCGAUAACUGAUAUUUGUAACCAUAAAUUUAUAGUAAAAAUUACAAUCUUGGUGCAAGAAUUCUGAAUACCACAAACUCUACUGCGAAACUUUAUCUAAAUGCCCUUGUUUUACAACUGUCUCGUUAAAUGAGUACUUUUUACCAUCAGAUAGUGCUGAGGGCAGGAUAAUACAGCAGGAAACAUGGUGGUGACUACAUAUAGCGAAGCAGUCGCAUCACAGUAGUGUGUUUUUAAAGGAUUAUGCAAGGAAAAAGUUAAAAAAAAAAAAAAAGGAAACGAGUAAAAUGCUGAACACUGAAUCCAGUAAUCUGCCUAGCUGAUAUACUACUCUGUAUGUGUCAUUUUCAUAUUUUCUUUAUCAGUAAAUAGUUCAUUCACUGCUAAUUGAAACUCGAACAUGCUUUAUUGUGAUGUACUUGAUCUCUUUUCAGUGAUAUACAGCAGACAGGAUUUCUGCUUUGUGUAUAAGGGCCACCAUGUCUGACUUGUGAAAUGUGUGUAAUAUAACUUUACAGCAGCUCAGUCUGGUUUGGUCACAUUUUAAAGUGAAUGAAUAUUUGACGCUGAGAGAAAACAUGUGACUUAUAUGGUGCCAGAUGUGUGGGUGUCAGCUAUGUAACCCAGAAAUAAGGUACAUCAGCGUUUAAACCCAUGUCUGGCCCGUUUUUCUCUGUUUUUGUGAUUGUCUAGAUUUAUCACACCUUCUGCUGUUGGGUUUAGCUAGUAGUAGUUUUAGUAUGUUUAAUUUUAUUUUUUUUCAAAGCUAUACUUCUCCUGCUAAUGUAAAAGUUUUUAGCUUUGGGUUCUUUACAUUUACAGAGAUUGUUUUCGUAUACAGAGUUAGAUACUGUUUGUUCUUGUGCAGAAACAAAAGCAUUGUUCCACUCGCUAUUGAGCGGUUUCAGCUUUUUUUUGUCACCACAUUUUUAUAAAAUGCUUUUGUCAUUGCACAAGUACAAUAAAAUUGGACAACAAAAAAGUAGAACUAGAACUUCCAUUAAUUGUUGGGUUUGACAAUGUUACCACUGGCUUUUUUUUUUUUUUUUUUUUUUUUUUUUUAAUGUUGUGCCACCAAAAUUAUGUCCAAACUUUUACAUGCAUAUAAUCUCCUUUUGCAAUGUAACUUCAAAAAUGUUUGUUGAUUUAAUACACAGAAGUGUGUUGUACAUAUAUGCUAUUAUUUUAUCAAGCAGUGGUAAUGUCAAUUUUUUUUAUCUUGGGAUUUAUUGAAAUGUUCUGUAUUAUGGAACAUGUUGAAUUGACUUGUAUGAAACAUGCUGUAAAAACAAAGGUGAUGAAAUAAAGUGAACAAAACAACA